AUGGAGGUGUCCCCUCGCGCGGUCGUCGAGCGGCUGCCGUGGGAGUGCUACGUCCUCCGCGGCGCGCUCGAGACGGACGCCCAGGGCGCGCUCGUCGACCGCGUCGGCGCCCUCGCCGGGGACGCGCACGAGUCGUGGCCCGCGCGCGCGCGCGCGCAGGACCACCCGUUCAUCGUCGCGUCGCACGCGUCGGGCGGCCGCGGGGAGCGCCCGCGCGAGUGCCGGCGCGCGUGCGGGAUCGAGAGGUGCCACGGCCACUGCGGGCGGGACGUGGGCGCGCUGCGCACGCGCCCGGACGACAUCUUCGCGCUCGCCAACGCGCUCGCGUCGCGAAUCGCCGCGGCGUCUCCCGCGUCGUCGUCGUCGUCGUCGUCGUCGUCGUCGUCGAAUCGGACGUUCGACGCGUCGCACUUCUGGGCGCUCGUCUACGGCGACCGCAGCGACCGUCGCGACGCGAACUGCGGAAAGAUGCAGAGCCACCUCGAUCGACCGGUCGGGUGGACGCUCUCGAUCAGCGUCGGUCGACCGGUCCGCUUCAACUUCGGCAGACCGCCCGCCGAGGACGGUCAGUACGCCGCGUACGCGCCCGGCGCGGCGACGCCGGGGCAAGCCGCGCCGGGGAUCGACGUCGUCUUACGCGGCGGCGACGCGGCGCUGUUCAGGGGGCACGCGGUGUUCCACGCCGUGGACGGGUUCGCGGACGAGGACGAGGACGCGGAAGAGGACGCGGGAGAGGUGGAAGAGGUGGACGCGGAGGACUCUGGUUCGGUAGUGUCCCCCGGACGCGCGCGCGUCGCGGCGGCGCCGGGCGAUUGGGCGACGCGGCUCCUCGCGGCGGCGACGCGUCGCGGCGGCGAGGGCGACGACGAGGGCGACGCGCGCGACGGGUGGGUCCCCGCGCGGCUGGCGCUUCUGUUUAGGGACGACGAGGACGCGGCGCGGUGA